AUGAAGCUUGGAAGGAACAAUUUUUUGCGCACUACAUUUGUGCAGCUCUCCGUCUUCUUCUUUGCUUUUCCCGCAAAUGGAGGAGUAUCAAAGACAAUCACACCUGCCAUGAAAAAAGUUACGAUAGACACAAAGCUAUGGCAACCUGACCAGAAUCCCGAAUUUUUAGAACAAGCAAUAUACUUUGGAGGACAACGUAACAAUGUAGCGGCAGAUGGACUUUUUCAACAAGUAAUGGGUUGGGGUAUGGGCUUGACAGCUGUGCAAUUUCCUACGAAUAAUUUAAGAGCUGUGGAUUACAUUCCUGGCUCACCCGAUGGUUAUGAGAAUCAAUGGAAAGAUGGUGCUUAUGGAUUUGCCUAUAGUUGUUCAAAGUAUGGCGAGCCAAUUGCAAAAAGUCUGAAUGAAGGAUGUAAGAAUUGCGGCAAGACAUACUUUUUAGGUUUGGCUUGGGGUACAUUGAACGGAAUGAACUUUGAUAGAGACGCUGUAAUGAUUUCAGGUUGUUCCGCUUUGGAGGUCGUGGAUUCCGACGAUUGUUUUGCCAAUUUUCCCAAUCGUUGUUCGAUUCGCGCUGUCGGCCAACCGGUUGAACUGAGGACCAAAGAACCUACAAGGAUUGUAAUCAAUUCCAAAUCAAGAGCAGAAAUCAUUGCAGCCAUCAAAAGGUACGCUGCAGGUAAACAUCAAAAUAUCGCGGUCCCGAGCUCUUGA